UUCAAAUCACACAUCCAGUUUCUCCAUCUUUACAAACUCCUCAAAAAUGAAAAAACGCUUCAAAUCACAAAUCUCUAAACUCUUGCAAUCCACCUUCAAUUCCUGCCGGCCAAACACCAUCUCCGACGUCUCCAACCACCGGAACAACCGUCGUCUCAUCGACCUUUUCUCUCCUAUACCUCAACCACAACCAUCAUCCACUUCAAAUCGACCGAAAAAACAAAAACACCAUCUUUCCAGCCUCGGAAACACCCCUUUUCCGGCGAAUUACGUUCGCCGGAGCUCACACUCUGUUUCCCCUGUUCCCGAAAACCCAUCGAAAAUCGACCGAAAAAAGAAAACCCAUCACCGGAGAAGAAGAAACAGUGCAAGUUUCUCAUCAAUUACAGAUAAUCAUUACUACAAUUGGUGGAGUAGCGAUGAAGAUGAUCAAAAGUCAAAGACUACUCUGUUUUCGCGGCGAUCGAAUUCUUUAGAUUUCGACGAAUCGAUUCGUGAAAAUGUGGUUGUGGUUGCGAAGGAUUCGGAUGAUCCGUAUGAAGAUUUUAAGGCUUCCAUGGUGGAUAUGAUUGUGGAGAAUGAGAUAUUUGGAGUUGAAGAACUUGAAAAGUUGGUUGAGUGUUUUGUUUCAUUGAAUUCUGAAGAACAUCAUAAGGUGAUUUUUGAUGUUUUUGCAGAGAUUUGGGAGAUUUUAAUUGCAGAUUCUGAUGAUAAGAAAGAAUGAAUGUAUGUAUGAAACAUCCUACUUGUUGUAAAUCUAGUAAAUUCAGUUUUUCUUUUUUUUUGA